AUGGAAAUAUUGACCACAGCAGAGAGGUUUGAAGAACUGGGUUUGCUGACCAACGAUUCAAACAUGGAAGUGAAAGUCGUUAGAUUGAAAAAAUCCAGUGAUAGCGAGGAAACGCCUUUUGUUAUCCCCGCUAUCACUUUUGAUGAUUUUUGUUCUGGCAACCAAGAGCUGGAAAUCGGAAGAAAUGUCACUUUCAGUUGUAUGCGAUCGUUAGAUACUUGUAAUAAUAAUAGUUAUUUAUCAAUUGAUCAUAUAGUUGGGCAGUCCUAUUUAUUGGAUUCAACUAUUGGGAGUUUCCAAAUUCGGAAACCUGUUUGGAUAAACGGCACGUGUCAUGACGUUCUUAAAGAAAUCAAAAUAGUAUUCAUAGUUAAUAAUACUGAAAUCAUCGAUUGCAUAAUCGGCGAAAUCGAGUUCACUGAUGCUAAGACAAACUUCCAGCAGACUUAUUCGAUCCAAUUCAUCGAUAAUUCUUUUAAUGAAACAAACAGUAGAGGGUAUAAAUACGGAGAUCAGAUUAUCACCGACAAAAACAAUACUGUUUUGAUAGUACCUUCAGUUGGGUAUUGUUCCAAGGUUGAUGCCAUAUCCAUUCGGUUCCUUCAACGAGUAUCAACUGGGUGUUUCAUCAGAGCACAAUCAUGUAAAGAAGCACAAUCUCUAAUACAACAAACCUAUGACGCAUUCAGUUCCGACUUCAUUAUGUCGGAGCUAUCUGGGGACUCACGUCGAGUUCCUUUUUUGAAAAGGAAUAUCUCAUUUCCAGCAGUAGCGAUAGAUAACUUGUGUUCGAUAGUUUCAUCUUAUAAGCUCAAAAUAGCUUAUGCUAAACAAGGCUUUGAGCACGAUUUCUAUCUUCUUAUUGUGGCUUUCACAUCAAACUAUAAACUAUCUCAGGUUCCUUUCAUCACCAAUCAGACAAUCCACAUCCCAUUCCAUUUCACUUUCCAGGAUGUAACGCAGGCUCCGCUAUCUACAUUUGCUGCUCUACCUCACAUAAAUCUCCGAUUGCCGAGUGAUUUCUUCUUUCCAUUCAUAUCAUCUGAAACCUUUACGUAUCACUCAUUCUCAUCAUUUUUUGUUCUGUUAUACUAUUUUGCAUAUUCAUAA